AGCACACUAACUCCUAGUAGACGAUCAUCAACAAUAAUGGCGGUGAAAGUGCUUCGGUGCUUCAUUUUUCUUUUACCUGUUGUUUUAGCCCAAAAUGAAUACAUUCCUAUUAUAACAAAGGAUGACUGCACGGCUGUAAGAAACUUAGGACAGCAAUACAAUCAGUAUUUCAACACAUUGUUGAUGAGAUGCACGUCCUGCUUACAGAAUACAACAUUUCAAGCCGUCAGUUCUGAUGGUUACUCGUGUGAAUGUGAAUCAGAUUACAAGUAUGUAACUAAUUUUGGAGGUGCAAACAUAUGGUGUAGCAAGUGCCCCUUAAAUCAGGUCAGAUCAGCUGAUGGCUGGGGCUGCGUCACUUGUGAGACAGGAACAUCUUGUGCUUGUGGGGGCAACAAUGUAGCAGUGGAGAGGGAGGUAAAUGGAGCACUGGUGACCACCACAGGGGGAGGGGAUGCCCGGGUCUGUCAGGCGUGUGCCGACUACACCAGUCCUAACCUGAGGGGUGACAGGUGUGAGAGAUGCAACAUGUUACUAAAAAUAAAUCCUACCUGGAGAACGUGUACCUGUCCCAGUGGCCAACUGAGUGGUGGAAUUUGUUUCAAUACUACCAUUAGAUCCUUCCAGAUCACUACAGUACCUUUAACUAGUGGAACAGCUGAGUCGACAUAUGUGAGAGAACAUGUACAGGCAGCUUAUCUUAUGUGUCGAGAUUUUGUAAACUCCACGGCUUGUCAGAUUCUAAGUAACCUUUGUGUGUUGUCGUGGUAUGAAUAUGAUUCCUCUCUCAGCGAGACUAAGACUUGUAACCUAUACAGAAAGAUCCCUGACAAAAACCUACCUGACACCCUAGGACAGGAUUGGAAUGCAUACCUACCUGUGCUGUAUUACUCUCAGGAAGGGGACAGAAUCCUAGACGACGACUCUCUGACCACAGAGUAUACCUUUAGUCCUGUGUCUUACCUGGAAUAUCGUGUAGGAAGGUACACUUUAAAUGGCACUUACCUGGGCACAUCUGAGGUAACAGGUGGACGACUUCAGCUCUGCUCUGACACUACCUCAAGACUCAAUGCAGCCUAUACAUUUGGCACUUACUAUGAACAGUCUUGUUCCAUUCCUGCAAUAGAUCUUUGGGACACCCAGAAAUACCAACUGGAGUUCUAUGAUUUAUAUAUUGAGCUCACUAGGAAUGGAGAAAACCAACUGUAUGCCGCCCCUGUGAAAAUCAACAACCUGGUAUUUGGAGGCGACAAAGUGAAUACAGGAUCCAGUACCAGGGACUGGAUUCUGACGCGGAGAUUUUUCCUCGUGGAUAACGUGGUCACAACAGGAGCAGACACAUCUGGAGGCGGUACUACACCCACACCGUCCCUGCCUCAGUAUGUCAGAUAUGCCAAGAGUAUAGAGAUUUCCAUCAACCUCUACAGCUCUCUGCCAAAUGGACGUAUAUACCCCCCACUGAUGACCAUCACUUAUGACCAGGUGUCACUCAUCAAUGCCCAGGCAGGGGCCUCCAUUAGUCCUACUUUCAAAGUGAAGUAUAACAUGGGAUUAGAUUCAUACAGGAAAGAUUUCCAGAUUGCUGUGGGAACACUGUCAACAUUGGGAGUGAUUUUGGCAGGAUAUAAAACUUGGGUGUGGUCAAAGAGAGCUGGGCGUCUCGCCAUUGAUUUUGCUUCGAUCAUCAACUUUGUGUUUUAUGUUAGUGGAGUCUUGUCCAAUGUCUUCUUUGUCAUCACUUUUGGAAUAGCAUUUUACUUUCUCAUCUUUUACAAAAGACAGAAUUAUGUGUAUUUAUUCCUGUUGGAUGGUGUCUACUAUGAGGAGUGGCUGGGUCUCUUUGGAUCAGCCUUUGCUCUGAAAUGUCUCCAAAUCGCUCACAUGAUAGCAUCACAAUGCACAGUAGAUAUCUUCUUCAUUGACUGGGAAAAACCAAAGGGAACUCUGGGAGUCAAAUCUGAUGGCAGCAAGAAAGAGAAUCCUGUGUCCAUUUGGAGGACAUACUUUGCAGCCAAUGAGUGGAAUGAAAUUCAGACAUGUAGGAAAAUAAACCACAUUUUCCAGAUCUUUGCAGUAGUCUUCUUUUUAAGUUAUGUUGGGUUUGAGAAUGUGGCCACCAAAGACCCCAAUGGCAAGGUGGUGAAGAGUUCAUCAGAUUACCAGGCUCCAUAUGACACAAUGUUUAGAUAUGCAGUGGGGGCUCUAGUCUAUCUUCUUGUUGCAUUUGUGCAGUGGUUAUUUUUUACACUUAUCUAUGAGAGAUUCUUUGAGGACAAAGUUCGUGACUUUGUGGACCUGUGUUCCAUGGCUAACAUCAGCGUCUUUAUCAUGCACCAUGCUCAGUAUGGUUACUACAUUCACGGCCGUUCAGUCUACGGCAAGGCAGACACAAACAUGAAGGAGAUGUUUGAGAUGAUGAAAAGAGAAGAGAAAGAUUUAGUGGGCCAGAGAGGGCUUCUCCCGAACACAGAGCAGCAGACAUUUGUCAUGACUUUACCUCGGAAACUUCGUCUGAAGUACGAAGAGGUCCUUCUUGCUGUGGCGCUGGAGGGGGCAGGUGGAGGCCCACAAGCAGGGAAGGAAAAGGGAGGAUUAACAGACAAACAAGUGGAAGCCUACAAUGUCAUUAAUAAAUUCUUAUCUACUUUUAUUGACCAUUCUUUGAAGAAUCUAGACUACCAAGUUAGAGAUAAAACACUUCUGGAGAGCAUUAUGGAUACAGAGUUUAUGGAUGCUUCAGAAAAGGGAUACUUCUACAAUGAUGAUGGACAUUCCUUUGACCAGUGUUUGUUCUACGGGAAUGAGAUCACGCUACUUCUGUUUGAUACCUUACUUUUCUGUAUCAUCGAUCUCAUUGCUACAAACUUUGUACUCUCAGGAAUCAUCACUUACAUCAUUAUAGAGCUUGUUGCUUUGGUGCGAGAUCACGGGGGAAGGAAAAACUUAGCAAAGAAAACCUUAGUAGAUGAACGGUUCCUGAUAUAAUGCUUAAAUCCAGUGAUAAUUAUCAAAGAUUCCAAGGUUAUGUAAAUGUGUGACAAAGUCGCCAGUUGUUUGAAACAAUUGUUAGAAUUUGCCAUUUUAUUUAAUGUAUUAUAUGCAUGUAUUUAUAUUUUGUAUGUAUUUAUUAACAUUUGUAUAAUUCUUGAAAAUCUCAGACUAACCGUCCAUGAUAUUUUUCUCAUUACUGGUUGUAAGAACAUACAUAUAUACUAGUAUGUAGGUUAUGUGAUAUUUGUUAGUGAUCCACUGAAGCCUUUAGUGUCUUUUUUACAGAAAGUUAUAUUUCAAUUUAAAAUAAACAAUCGUUAUGCAUAUGAAUUAUAUUUGAUUGAAGAUUUUUUUUCUGUAAAUGAUUGUAAUUGGUAGAUUAUUUUACUGUAUGCAGUAAGUGAUUAAAACAGUGAAAUGCUUGA